GUGUCUUUCUCUCUUGCAGCCCCGUCGGCCGUAUCCAUCAUGCACCAGGUGAGCCGGACCGUGGACAGUAUCACGCUUUCGUGGUCACAGCCGGACCAGCCCAACGGCGUCAUCUUGGACUACGAACUUCAGUAUUACGAGAAGUUGCUGAAGCCCAGCCUUGCCCCCUGCUUUGCUAGUCCACCUGCCUCCCGCUCAGCACGAUGCUCUCCUUCCAGAAGACGAGGAUUUGAGCGCGCCGACUCCGAAUACACCGACAAGCUCCAGCACUACACCAGCGGCCACAUGACGCCCGGCAUGAAGAUUUACAUCGACCCAUUCACCUACGAGGAUCCCAACGAAGCCGUCCGGGAGUUUGCCAAGGAAAUUGACAUCUCCUGCGUCAAAAUCGAGCAGGUGAUCGGAGCAGGGGAGUUUGGGGAGGUGUGCAGUGGCCACCUGAAGCUCCCGGGCAAGCGGGAGAGCUUUGUGGCCAUCAAGACGCUGAAGUCGGGCUACACCGAGAAGCAGCGCCGGGACUUCCUGAGCGAGGCCAGCAUCAUGGGCCAGUUCGACCACCCCAACGUCAUCCACCUGGAAGGGGUCGUCACCAAGAGCACGCCCGUCAUGAUUGUCACCGAAUUCAUGGAGAACGGCUCCUUGGACUCCUUCUUGCGGCAAAAUGACGGGCAGUUCACGGUGAUCCAACUGGUGGGCAUGCUGAGAGGCAUCGCUGCCGGCAUGAAGUACCUGGCAGACAUGAACUACGUCCACCGUGACCUGGCUGCCCGCAACAUCCUCGUCAACAGCAACUUGGUCUGCAAGGUCUCCGACUUCGGCCUUUCCCGCUUCCUGGAGGAUGACACCUCGGACCCAACUUACACCAGCGCCCUGGGUGGAAAGAUCCCAAUCCGUUGGACGGCACCCGAAGCCAUUCAGUAUCGGAAGUUCACUUCCGCCAGUGACGUAUGGAGCUACGGCAUAGUCAUGUGGGAAGUGAUGUCCUACGGCGAGCGGCCUUACUGGGAUAUGACCAAUCAAGACGUCAUCAACGCCAUCGAGCAGGAUUACCGGUUGCCCCCGCCCAUGGACUGCCCCAGCGCCUUACACCAGCUCAUGUUGGACUGCUGGCAGAAGGACCGCAACCACCGGCCCAAAUUCGGACAGAUUGUCAACACUUUAGACAAGAUGAUCCGGAACCCAAACAGCUUGAAAGCCAUGGCCCCGCUCUCCUCUGGGAUUAACCUGCCUUUACUCGACCGCACGAUCCCAGAUUAUUCCAGCUUCAACACCGUCGACGAAUGGCUCGAAGCCAUCAAAAUGGGACACUACAAGGAAAACUUCGCCAACGGUGGCUUCACCAACUUCGACACGGUCUCCCAGAUGACUAUGGAGGACAUCCUACGGGUCGGGGUCACGCUCGCCGGGCACCAGAAGAAAAUCCUCAACAGUAUCCAGGUGAUGAGAGCCCAAAUGAACCAGAUCCAAUCAGUGGAGGUUUGAGAAAGCGAUCCUGACCCACGCUUCAUCCUCGAGGCCCACUCCCGUUUUGUCCCUGUGUGUCCCGGCUCUUGGAGGGCCUUGCAUUCCCCGCUUCCCGACAAGAGACGGCGGCGACAGGGAAGGGACGGCCCCAGAGCAAAGUUGCUGCACUUGAAGAAUCCCCCCCAAAAAAGGGGGGCAAAAGGGAAUGGUGAUGACGACUCUUAUUUAGAAAGAUUUUUUUUAUUAUUAUUAUAAAAAGGAACACGGAACGGAACUGCAAUGGCUUUUGCUCGAAGGGCUUUGAUGAAACACAUGAUGCGGGGAAGGACCUGGAGUGGACCGGAAACGUUUGGGUGGCGUGCUUGGGUGGCGGUUUGCCAAACUGCAUGUCCUUCUGAGCCUGGCAGGGCAUGCCUCCCCCUUUCUGCAAAUUGGGGGGAAAUGACAGGAAAGAUAACUUUCCCCACAAAGUGGGUACUGCGUGUCUCGUUAGGACGGGACUGCCGUGGUUUUGUAAACUUGUUUUUCCACGGAAAGACUGGAAUCGGAAGCAGACGCCUCCCUCCUCCUCUGCCUCUACUCGCUCCCUCUUGCUCCUCGUUGUCGAGGGACUUUGGUUGAAUUUCUACUCGUUUGCACUGGGACGGUUUCGAGGAGCGGCGCUUCCCGGAGGCUCCGCCCCCUGCAACUCCCCAGCGGUGGCUCCUACAUAUCAUUAUGCACAAGACUUUUCACCAGACCUCACAGCUCGGACAUCUUGCCCCUCCCUGAGUGCCAUGCAGUAUGUUGUAGAGUCGAUGUGCAUUCCCAUUGGGUUCCAUCUUUUUCUACUUUGUUUACAUGGGUCAUGGGCGUUGGGGGGAGGGCUGCGGCGGGGUGAAUUUCCCCCCCAUUUCCUUCUUUGUUUGGGUAGAAGGGAUUUUUGUUUGUUUGUUACAAAAGCAGGAUGACAUUUCCGAAUCCAUUGCUUCCCAUAGAUACUCUCCAGUUUCCACAAAAAUCCUUGGACCAGGCUUCCUUCUAAGUCCCUUUCCCUCGUCUCCAAGGAAUUUCUGUGAGGUGGUGGGCUUGGACUUAGGAAUCAGUUCCUUUCCUUUCACAAGUGGGAAAUAGACCAUAAAAGCUCUCAGAAAAUGAAGGCCAACUGGAAGUGGAGCACACAGAGCAAGAGGGUCGGACCGCGGAGACACCUUGCAGAUGUAGAGCCAUGCAUGAUCAGAUAUCACCUAUGAUGAUGAUCCAUCUAAUACUCACUCAACCUUUCUUCUUGGAGAAACAAGGGCAAUAUGUCAGAAGAGGGCUCCGUAGGCUUCUCAGGAUCAGACUAUGGCAACAGCCUGA